AUGGAGUAUGUUACGAUAGAUUUCGACGACCUGGAGUUCUUCGAGAGAUGCGGAGGGGGAUCGUUUGGAUCUGUGUACCGGGCGAGAUGGAAAUCACAGGGAAAAGAGGUCGCAGUGAAGAAGUUGUUGACUUUGGGAAACGAGGCAAGUAAAUUCGCUCCAAAUUUUUUCCUUGUACACGCCACUAACAGCGCUUAUCUCGGUAUAUUCUUCGAUAGUUUAAAAGUUUAUAAGAAUGAUUUUUGACUUUUAAAUAAGCCUCUGGACAGCUGAUCUUUUGAUAUGGUGCGAUAUGUGGUUUGUUUGAAACCUAACAAAUCAACUUUCUAUGAUACAUGUAUGUACUUAUCAAGAUCAUAAGCUUAUAUAAUUUGAUAGAGGUUGAAUUCGAAUUGCUUCCUUUUUGGUUAUUUGUUCUAAGACCAAAACAAACCAAAUUAGACGUUUUAUUUCUAGUCAAAGCCACUUAAUGGAAUAAACUGAUCAGUUAUAGGACGUCAUAUCAUCACGGUGUACGUCUCAUAACCGUAUGGUUCUCUACCUAAUUGAAAUCAAACGGUUUCAUUUUUUGAUCAGUUUUGACAAAUCACGCUACUGUAGAUUUGAUGUCUAAUAUGAGAGAUUAGUCUCACUAUUUUUAGCCGAUACAAGCUUCAAUAUAUUUGCUAUUUUAAGUGCUCAAGACUAUUUGCAGCAAAUUAGUACUAUUUUUAGACAAUUCUUCCAAUUUCAAUUCCAAAAAAAAACAAUAACUUAAUUGAAAUCUCUAACAUAAUAUUAAGUGUUCAUGUGAUUGUUUCCACCGUAAUCCUUCACCACUGUAUGCUCAUUAGUAUGAUUACACAUGACUGUGUGCAAUACUAUACCAUUGAUAAUUCAUUACUUUUUAACUAUAUGGCAUUCCUUCUGCAUCAGAUUAUAGUAUGUAACAUUUUGAGACUCAUAUAUUGAUAUUAUUGUAGUUGAAUCCCUCAAUGAUAUUGCAAGUAUAUUAUGGGUCUUGUCUACACAAAGGGAUUGAUUUCUCUUGUUGCCAGUAAUAGCAACAGCUUAAGUACUAUUUUGAUAUUGGCUGUUAUGCGGGUGCCUUCAAAAUACCAUGUCAGACUGUUAUAAAUUUCUGUGUGAACAUGUAGUUCUACCCAUAUUUUUCUUCUUUUUCACUGAUGAGAGAAAUCUAAGCAAAUUACCACAAAUAUAUUUAACAUUUAAUUGGCUUGGUUGGGUAAGGCAUCAGAUUGCAGUUCAAAAAACUAGGUUGGUGGUCCCACAGAUAACAGUGUAUUAAUGCCUUAAUAUUCCAAAGUAAGCCCUAGGGCCUAUAAAUGUUAAAGGACUUUAUGAUCUGGCACAUUUAAUACAGGCAUUUGCACUAAGAGGUCAUGUGACAUCAUUUUUUAUGAAAAUGAAAGUUACAUGAUUAAAAUUUCCACAAAUAUAUUUAACAUUUCAUUGGCUUGGUGGAUAAGGCAUCAGAUUGCAGUUCAAAUAACUAAGUUGGUGGUCCCCACAGAUGACAGUGUAUUAAUGCCGUAAUAUUCCAAAAAUAAGCCCUAGGGCCUAUAAGUCUUAAAGGACUUUAUGAUCUGGCACAUUUAGUACAGGGGGUGGGCUUAUGAUUGAAAGUGAAUAGGCCAUUUGCACUAAGAGGUCAUGUGACAUUGUUUUUAUGAAAAUGAAAGUUGUAUGAUUUUUUCUUCCAAAAAUGAUGAAUGCGUCAUAUCUUUAGCAAAAUAAUAGUGAUUUGGUUUUUCAAACCUGCACCAUUUUCUUAAAAUGAGUAAGCUCGUAGCUGGUCACAUGACCAAAAUGUGAUUUUUAAAAAUAAAUUAUGAAUUACCUCUUUCUGAACGCACAUUUUGCACUUAAACUUCAAGGAAAAUGUUGAGAAGUUGAUGUGGGAAUGUUUACAGCAUAUCUGAGCGUAACUAUCAAACGUUUAACAAGAUCGAAACAAAAAGUAGUUUUGCCCUCCAACAUGGUGGCCAAUACAAUUAAUGAUACCACUUGUUGAAAAAUCAAAGUGCCAUAAAAUAUCUCCCUUAAUGUGCUCUGUCAAUUUUUGGCAUCAGCAAGAUUCCAACUCAUCGUUUUAAAGAAGCAUUGGUCACGUGACCUCUUAGUGCAAGUGGCCCCAUUUGUGUUGGUAUAUUUCAAUGUACAAAUGAUGAAAUAGCAAUAUUUUCACUUCAUCACCUAUACAAAUUGUCUAUUCCUUGAUCUAAAAAAAUGUGCUAUUCCAGGGCUUAAUAUUUAUUGGUUCUUGAGACAAUGGGUUCGUUUGUUUCAGUGGCUGGAAUAUUUGAAUAACAAAAACAGUGUUAACAAACAAGAAAUAUCGCUAUUCGGGCAAAUUUAAAUAAAAAUAAUAAUUGUAUUGGUUGUGGCAUAACAUUGCACCUCUGAGCAUGCAAAUUACAACAGCAACAAACCUUUGUAGAAAGUGGAUACUAUAGGUAUUUAGGUAUUUUAUUUAUUUGCCACACAAUUACAAUAAUUACUUAAAGAUGCCAAAAGAAAAAAAAAAAUGUAGGAAGAGAUGGCGAGGAGGCCUAAAAGAAACUAUAGAGCUUAUGUUAAUUAGGCCUCCUCAAUUACAAUUUUUCGAAGAUGGCAUAAAAAUUACGGCGACGGGUACAAUAUAAUAUCAGGUGAAAAAUUAAACUAAUCAAUAUUAUGGAAGUUUACAUGUACAAAUGUUGAAUAUUAAAAGGCUUUUUUCCAAGAUUUUUGUUGAAGUAUACUAAUAAUUAUUACAAAUAAAUGCCUUAAGUGCUCUUUUAAAGGAGAAAGGUGAGGAAGCGUUGAUGAUGUUGGUGUUUAAGGUGUUGUAAAAUUUAGGUCCUUGAUAAAAAACGGAAAAUUGCUUGGUUCGAGUACGACAGAAAGGCAGACGAAAUUUACACGAGUUUCUUGUAUUAUACGAAUGAAUUUGACUUUGUAAGGUAAAUUUACAAUGAAAUUUUAAAGCUAGAGUAUGGUUUUGAUAGGAGUACAUGAAUAAGCCUAGUUGUAUUAAGUAUAUAUCAUGAAAUUUUAAGAUACCAAGAUUUUGAAAGAUUGAAUCAGUAUGUGCUUCGAAAGUGGUUUUAGCUAUAGUUCUGAUCACUCGUUUCUGUAAAAUCUCAAGACGAAUAAGGUUAGUUCUGUAAGUAGAGGCCCAAACUAAGUUGCAGUAAAAAAGGUAUGGAUAGACUAGAGAAAAAUAUAGUGUUCGUAAGGUUUUCGUGGAUAAAUAGAAACUGGAUUUACGAAUAAUUCCUGUGCAUUUAGAAACUUUAUUGGCGACAUGUGAGAUUUCAGAUUUCCAAUUUAAAUUUUCAUCCAUGAUUACUCCCAGGAAAACUGUUUCUUUUACUUGAUCAAUUUUUUGACUAUCAAUAAAAAGGUGAAUAGUUUGAUUUGUACGCUUUUGGGAUGGUUUAAAUGCAAUGAAUUUGGUUUUUUUCAAGUUUAAUGAAAGCCUGUUAGCUCUAAACCAUAUUGACAACUUAUUUAGUUCAGCGUUCAGGAUAUUAGUAAGGCAGUCUUUAUCCUUGUGAGACACAAAUACGUUUGUAUCAUCGGCAAAUAAUAUCAGUUGUAAUAUUGUUGACGUGUUGAUUAUAUCGUUGAUGUAGAGUAGAAAAAACAAAGGCCCUAGUAUUGAACCUUGGGGAACGCCACACAUGAUAUUAGCACGAUACGAAACAUAACCAUUGUAUUCUACAAAUUGAAGUCUGUUGGAAAAAUAGCUCUUAAUCCAUUUCAGAGCCAAGCCACGUAUACCAUAGUGUUCAAGUUUAUCAAAUAAGAUGGAAUGAUUAACUGUAUCGAAAGCUUUCGAGAGAUCUAAAAAGACACCAACCGCUAAUUCACCACGAUCAAUAGCAGAUGAAAUUUUUUCAUGCAAAUCAAUCAAGGCAAGUGUCGUAGAGUGGUUUUUCCUGAAGCCGAACUGGUUAUCACAGAGAAUAUGUAAAUUAGUUAAAUAAUAGUGUAGUGUAUAGUGUUGAUACAAGUACAAUUAGACUUUUAUUAAGCAGCCACCCUCUAUUAAGCACCAGUAAUCAAAGUCUUGAAAUAAUAAUAAUAGAAAAGAAUAGGAACUGAAACCCCUAUUAAGUGGCCACACCCAUUAAGCAUCCACAACCAUCUUUUGGCCAUCCCAACGAGAGCUCUCCAAUUGUUGUCUGCACCUCUAUUAAGAAGCCAUCAAGCGCUUGAUACACUUAGUUUGGUUUUGUGUCAAGAAUAAGAUGAACGAAAAUACAGCCUGUCAUAGACAGUGAGGACUGAGUUUGGACAAUUAAUGCUACUCCCAUUAUAAAGUUAUGUGUCUGCUAAAUAUUGUGUUCAUGUUGUGGUUUUAUAAUGAGCCUAUAUAUUGAGCGGCCAACCUCCAUUAAGCGGCCACUUGCCGGUGGCCCAAACCAGAAAAAGAUGACUGCUUAAUGGCGGUUGAACUGUACCAUAAUAUCAAACAGUUUAUAUUUUAUUUGGUGGUUUACAGUAUGUCAUGACUUUAUAAUGUAGCAUGAAUGGUAUGCACACUGACUGGUAACUGACUGCUGUAUAUGUUGUGGUUCAAUGUUAUUGUUGGUUCAAAAUUAAUUUAUUUCCCUUUGUUUUAGGGUAUGGUCAUGUGUGGUAAUGAAUUUAAAACAAAGGAAAAUAAAAUUUCAACUGAGGAUAAAAUUGAACCACGACUUAUACACGUGUAGUAUAGGAGGUGGCUGCUUUUAAAAAAAACAUGUUGGAAAGUUUAAAGAUUAUGUGAAAUCAAACUCAUGCUUAAAGUGCUACUACGACGAAAAUUUUUGUUUUUGUUUCCGAGCUUUUUUAACAUAAAUCUUUUGUAUAUGUUCAAAAUUACCGUAUACAAAUAGCGAAAAAUUGGAACGAUACUUGCGUACGGGGGCUGGAAAUUUCCCACUGAAAAGUGCGUAAAUACCGUCCGCCAUUACAAAGUUCGCAAAGCAAUAGCCCGCGAGAUCUCCGCAAAGCGGUCGUGCGUUUGACCACGUGAUUUAUGCACUGUGACGUAGAAACAUCAACCAAAAGAUUCGCAUUUGGGAAAAGUUUGUGAGUUUAGAGCCCUUUAACAAGACGUUUAAGAUGUCAUCUCCGUCGGAUUCCUCUUCCUGUACAUCUGAAAGUGAUCUAGAAAGUUUUACAGUUGACGAAGUGAUGAGGAAUUGUCUGAAUUUCGCGCGUCUGACGACAGUUUGCGAACCCCUUGCUACCGAGGAAGAAGCCGCGGACUACAACGAAAAGAGUUCAUCGCGAAGAAGAAGAGGAACAACAGUUUCAACGAAGAUAUUCGGGAGAGGUGCCAGCGAAUGAAUGGUAUGGUAUUAUCAUGGAAUGUAGAUUUAUAUUUUUAUUUUCCAAUGUCAACAUACCCGUCGUUAAAUCGUGCUGCGAUUUAACGCAGCGACUGUGUGUUUUGUUUAAGUGUACAAUUUCGUUGCUAUGUGAUUAGCUGUAGUCCUGAUUUUAUGCGAUAGUUUUAUUGAAGAGGUCAGACAAUUAAUAAUUUUAUACAGACAUAUUUUUCUUGUGUUUGACGAAUUUUUCACAUUAUUUUGCAGGUGUUCGUGCUCGAACUGCUCUGUCAGCCUUGUUACAAAAGCGCAGGAGUGCAUUUGCUGCAAAGAGAUCGAUCGCUGCGAAGAGGUCAUGAAAGAAGCCAUUGGAGACCGGACCGUAUGCAUAACCCUCCAUCCAGGGUUUGAAGGCGUCUGCUUAAACCGCCACGUAUUAGAAAUGGCUGCACUGGGCCUAAAAACGCGAGCUGGAAAGUCGUACACAACUAUUCGUGGGCAAAGCAACAAAAGUGAUAAUGAGUAAGUUGGGGUAUUGUUGACUUUGUAUCGGAACGAUCGAACCUUACAUAGCAUUGAAUAAUUGAUGCAUCUAUGCUUAUCGCCGUGGACUGAUCUCACAGAAUCACAUUUUUUAUUUUCUAAAUGGCUUUAUUGCCCCGACUGCUUAUUUUUAAAAGGAGUAUUUAUUUAUCUCCAUCCAAUCCCUCCUUGAAUUAACAGUGAUCUCAUUUCUCUAACUAGAUUCCUGAGGUCUGUGGCCUAUCGCCAAUUUACAAGACUGCUGUGGAGUUAUAUUGGUAGUUCCAGGCGAUACCCCUUGCCCUGUUGUGCCUAUAAUAAAAUCAGGAAACAAUUUCCGAGUCAAAAUGGCCAUUAUCGUGGAUUCGAAGAUGAAGAAAAUGAAUAAUAAAUGCACUGUUUGUUCUUGAAGAGUGUGAUGUAUGCCAUUGGGGCCAAGAAGGACCUACAGUAGUUGCUUGAAUAUUUGUCCGUAAGCACUUAAUUUUAUGGGCCAAACUUCAGAAUUCUCAGCCACUUACUCGCUUUUUGUUGAAUGACAAACUUGCCCACUGUGUGAAGCCCUGUUCUUCUAGCGUUCAGUUAAACUCAAGUUUAGUGGCUGGGAAUUCUGAUGUUGCUCCAAUUUUCAUGUACACAAGUAAUAAAAAUUAAAUCGAAUUCAGCCUGAAUUUAAUUACAGUUUUAAUGUAUGGUUUCUUUCUUUUCACUCGGCUCACAGAGCACUGCAAAACUUAAUAGCAGGUUACCUGUUGGAAACUUUCCUAGCAGGUCUGGUUGACUCUUCCAGACUUUUGUCUGGCUACAGUUUCUGCAGAAACUUUCUACCGUUAACAAGGUACCUGUCUGUGAUAGAGAAAGUUUGGGUUUUGAAAAGAAGCACAAGUGCAGAACUGAAACAAAAGAAGAAGUUUGGAAAGGAAAACAAUUCCCUUUGGUUCCUCUCGAAUGUUUUUUCCUUGUAGAUCCAACCUGUACAAAAUGAUUGAAAGGAAAUACUCAUUUAAUCAUAGCAUCUGAACUAAUAAAAUAACAAUAAAAAAAAUGAUUGUCAUUUUUAUUGUUUUUCUCAGGGUGUUGCCAGUUUUUCAACUUGUUGUAAACCAGGCUAAUUGUGGGUUGGGAUUUUAUUCUCACAUACAUCCUGAAAAAUGCUUUUUUAUAAUAAUUCUGUUGAUUGCACACAUGAAAACAUUGAGCCCUUAAGCUAUCUAGCCCACCCCAAUGAUGCAUAAUUUAUUACAAGUGGUUGAGUGAACAAACCAAACAUUUUUAGGCCUCUGCUUUUUUUUUUUUUUUUUUUUUUUCGCAAUUUUUUUCUGAGUAAAUUAAAAAACAAGUUUCAUGCACUCUUGUUUCUAAAUAGAUCCUCUCAUAAUGGGAGGUAGUUUUAGGCCUAAAUCACUUCCCAGAGGAUACUUAGAGCUAAGAUGUUAAAAUGCAAUAAAUUUUGCAUCUUUGUACCUUGGGUUCUGAUGAGUCUUCAUCGAGUCAUCAUCUUCCUUUAGUUUUUUAUAUGCAUCUUCGAUUUCUUCAGGACUCCAUGUAGGGUCUUCAUCACACUCAAACUCCUCAUACGCAUCGUCCUGCAUUUCCUGCUCAUCUUCUGAUUCAUCCUCUAGCCCUAACUCUGUCUCAUUUGUUACUGGCCAUGGAUCAGUUUGAAUAGCUUAAACAAAUGGAAUUAAAAAAAUUCUAUUACCAUUAAAAUUUUAAUUAUUAUUAAAUGAUCAAAUAUUGAUAAAAUGUAAUAAAAAUAUAAAGAUAGGCAGUUAUGCCUAUAUGACUCAUCAACAUCAAUUAUUGUUGACUCACCAGCAUUCACCAUCAGCAACUGCUUCGGCUCUUGUAUGCUCCUAAAGGUUUCAACCCAUUGAUCUUGAUUGGAGAUUAACUUACUCUUCAGUCUUGUGACUUUGCCCCUUAACUGAGUCACCUCACUCCUCAGGGUUUUGCAUGUUGUGCAAUUCCCAGCAUGUCCAGUUGGAGUAUCCUACAAAAAACAAACUUUCAACAUUAAUACAGGCUGUAAUAACAAUACUUUAGAAUUUUUGUGUUUUAGUAUUGUUGUAAAAUAACUGCACAUGUAGUUUUCCAUUGUUAUGAUAAUACAAAGAUACAAAUAAACUUUAAUUAGAGUUAUGCACCUACCAUAGAAACCUGUUCAAGUUCAGGAAUCAUUAAUGAUUCAUCAAUCUGCAUAACUUCAUCCAUAUCCUGCACUUUUUCGAUUCCCUGAGCCUCCAGGAUCUGCAUGGUCUCAGUAACCUCAUCAGUGCCUGAAAUCCCUUGGCUCUCGAGAGCUGUCUUAUCACCAGGAGUACCUAGGACCUCUGAAGCCAUCUCAGCAUCAACACUUAUCUCACCCGUCUCAGUCUCAGGGAUGCAGCCCUCCUUUUCAGGAUUUACCUCAAGCAAAGAACCCUGGCUUGUAUUCAGAACACCCUCGACUUCUGGAGACUCCUCUGGGUUGAGAUUGGGAGCCCCCAUAGUGUCAGCACUCUCCUUAGGUGCAGAACUUCCUUUCAAAGAGAUCACCUCUUCUUCAGGAUUGUCUUCUUCCUCUGUAUCCUCAUUAGUAGUUUGACCAGCCAGAAUUUCAUUUAGUAGCUAAAAAUGAAAAUAGGUAAGACCAUUUUUUUAUAUCUCCCCUUCAAAACAAGUUUAAAUUUGAGCUUUAUGUCGAUGUUUUCAAAACUAGAAAUGGAAGCAAGGUUUAACCACAUCUUUGCCUUAAAAUGUAUGUAUCAUUUGCAGAAAGGGAAAAUAGAAUUAAAAUACAAACGAACAAAAAAACCCGCAAACAGUAACUGAACUUAUAGAAUGUAGAAAUCAGACUAAGUCCAUUUUUGGUCAUUUUAAAAGACUCGCGUGUAUUAAACUCUUAAUUUGCUGUAAGAUUUCUUGGAGGGAAGUUUGGAGUACUGUCAAAUCUCAAAGUAACAGCAAGAUAAUCUCUCAAAAAAUAGAGAGCCGGAUUUCUAUGUAGCUUCACUUUUUCUAAAUUUUACGCUUGAGUGGAAAGGUCUGGGAAUUGGGGAAUUGACUUCACGUCCACUCAGCGCAAAUGCCCGUUUUACUAUAACUAUGAGAAAGCAGAAAAGUAUGAAAACACAUGCAACAAUAUGGGAAGUCCAACUAGUCAGAGUAUUCAUUACACGAAUACUGAACAACGAUGCCAGAAAAAAUAAUGUCACAGGUAAAUGGGGAAAUAAAUAUAAUGGUGAUAAACACAGCGCAAAUACAUUGUAAUUUCACUCACCGAUCGUCGACUCCGCUGUGAUAGUGUUUGAGAGGAUUAUUUCCAAAUGGUUGGAAACGUCCCCUUCUUCAAAUUCCUUUUCAUGUCUUUCAUCGGAAAAGCAAGCGUAAAACAAUCCCUUGUAAAAUGCUCCGAGCACACAGCAAAUUUUCCCACCGUGUUGAAAUCCUUCCGAUGAAUGGACACGAACCCUUUCCACUUUAAUCUAACGCUGCCCGAAUCAGGAGAAUUAUGAAUAGAAAUCCCCAAUUCAUCGUUCUUUACGUUUCCACAGUCCUGAACAACACAACGUCUACCAGGCAUACUUUCGCUUUAAGUCAAAAAGCGAAGAAAGAACCUCCAAAAGCUUCCAAAAAUAUCUCGUCCUGCAUGCGAAAUUAGCCACGUUUGUUUGCCUUGUUUUGUCGGGUUGAUGUUUCUACGUCACAUCUCGCCCCAACUCCUUCAAAUACUACUCCCGGUCAUUUUUUGAAUCGAGUAAUGGCGGCAAGACAUUUACGAAAAUUGCCGUGCAAAUAAACACACUUCCAGAUCAUAUUUGGACUCCAAACUUAGCACGGUGAGUCACUUUUACAUACAUUUUCGAAAUAUGUAAUCAAAAACAAAUUCCCAAAUUUGAUCGUAGUAGCACUUUAAAAGUAUGUCAUGUUCUACCUGUACUUUGUAAUAAUGUCUUAACAUUUUAACUUUUUGUAGAUUUUUAAGCUGAGGUACAUUUUAAUAUUGUCUUGUUUGGUAUAUCAAAUAACUGGACUAUGUUUUCUUUUUAGGAACCUUAUUUCCAAUUAGAUCUUCACAUUCUGAACAAUUUGUAUAAAGUUUGCUGCAUUGUAUAUCUUUCUAAAUGUAUAACUAUUAUUCAUGGUCAUUCAUCUAUUUUAGGCCAGUAUUUUAAGUAUGCUCAGUCACAAGAACAUCAUCAAGUUUUUUGGUGCAGUGAAUUCCAAGCCAAACUUCUGCCUUGUGACAGGUUAGUGUGAUAAUAAACCAUACACAAUUAAGUCAUGUACAUGAUUUGUGUUAGACUUUGUUCUGCAGACAGGUACAGGGUGUACUGCAUAGUCAUCCUAGCCCCACUAUGACCAUGCAGCGUCUUUGUCUCCAGUAUUGUUAAAUGUAUUUUCCACAUGGAUUAAAGCCUAGUUAGAGCCCAGCAGAAGGAGAAAAAAUACAAGAGAUUGAUCUGAAUAAAAAAAAAAUUGGAGGAAAGACAGUAAAAAUCUAAGUAUACUGUACGUGUAUCUUUUCAUUAUUCUGCGUAACUUUUGUUUUGGGUACUUUAAGUGCUUGUGUUUUAUCUGAAGUGUGAGACAUUCACCAGUGACUAGAAGACAGCUUGACUAGACCCCCCACCCCCGCACAUACAAUUGAACUUCUCUAAUACGGACACCGAAGGGACAGAGCAAAGUGUCCAUAUUAGAGAGGUGUCCGUAUAAAAGAGGUCACUAUGCUCUUGUCACUUAUAUGACUCCACUUACAGUUUUAUGUGUUCAGUAGCUAAAACCAGGCUCACCUUCAUCUUUAAAUUCCAUUUAAAGUUAUUAAUUCACAGUACAAAGACACUGCCUUUCAGUAGCAUACAACCUUGUACAUCUCAACUAUAGACAAAUUACUGCGGUUAAAACGAAACGAGCUACAGUGUAAUGCUGCAUGUAAAACUGAAGUGGUAACAUAAAGUACAACUCUGAAAGCGUCUUUUGCUAUUUUGCAAGUGCAGUAAAGAAUAACUAGAGCACAAAAUGUAAUGGAAAAGAUCUUUAUGCUAUCUGUAGUUAUUGAAGCCUUCAAUAAGCCUCAUUUUGUUAUGUCUCUCUGUGCAUACCAAACAACAAUUUGCAAAAGGUGUAGCAACUGGGCUUUAUAUCACCUUGCAUAGCUCGUCAGCCAGGUGGGAUUCGCCCUGUGCAGAUUCAUCUGAUCAGGAUUCGGGUUUCACCUGAUCACCAAUCACUGCUGUGUCCGUCAUAAAGAGGUUAAGUUUAUAUAAAUUUACUCUCUGGAGCCAAGAUUUAGUGUCCGUUGUCUGUAUUAGAGAGAGUCUGUAUUAUAGAGGUUUUUUUAAAGAAAAUAUAUAAGAAUUUUGUUGGGACAUUGGAAACUGUCCGUAAUAGAGAGGUGUCCGUACCGAGAGGUUCGACUGUAUUUCUGGUGUCAUAGAGAUACAUAAAUAUCCCAGUGUAAUACUCAACUUUGAUUUUAAUCUGUAAGUUAAUGAAUGAUAGCAGUUCUGAAAAGUAAGGCCCGGUUCAGACGCCGAACGUUUCAUGAGCUGAAUUUAAUUUGAAUUAAGGCCGACCCAAAUAAUUAAGACUGGCUUAAUUGAUUCAGACGCCGAUCUUAAUUGCAGCUGAACUAAGCUCAAAUGGUUAAAAAUGCUUAUUUUGGUCAAACUGCUUACAAAAUAUGUUAUGAUAAUUUAUGCAUUAGGCUUGGUACAUGAAAAGUUCAUUGUCUGAAUCAAAGCCGUUCCAAAGUUGCUUCAAAGGAAAAAUUCGCAGCUGGCCUAGGUGAAAAGAACAGCUGAGCUGUUCCAAAUUGAAACAGGCAUUCCUAAUUGAUUCAGACACCAAACUUUCCAUGUACUUAAGAUUUCCAAUGUACAUGUAUUAGGUUCGGCUCAUGAAAAGUUUGGCAUGCAUCUGAACUGGGCCUAACUGUCAAACUUCUAAUUGUCUCAGAAUAUGCUGCCAAAGGAUGCCUUUUUGAUUAUCUGACGAACAACCAGCUGAACUUUGGUCAGAUCCUAAGGUGGUCAACUGAUAUUGCUGUUGGUAAGUACAGGUUGCAUGUAAUGUAUGUUUACAGUGUCAGUCAAGUCAAGUCAACUUUAUUUAGGCAGGGAACUAUCAGCCACUGGCUGGUAUCAAAAGGGGCCCUGCGUUAAUUAUAUGACUACAUGAUAAAAAUUUAAAAAUUAAAAUUACUUAAAAAUUCUGUACAAGGAUUUUAAAAAGUGAAGAAAAGUCACUGUAGAUAUUAAUUCGUUAACAUAAUACAUGUAAGUUCAUUAGCCAAAGGGUGUUCCUAUAUGAUGCUACUGUAUGUCAACAAAAUGACGGAAGCAGAAUUUACCCACAGUUAGUGUCAAGUGUAGUUAACUGUUGGUGUGAUUAAAGUGCAGAUUCACCUCAGUGAUUUUCAUUCCACACUGUAAAUUGGCUAACUAAUAAUGGUUACUGGUAGUCAUUCAAGACAGUUUUUAAUAGCUUCCCAUGCACGGUAUACAGGACAUUCUUACGACUUUAUCACACGUUUCCUCCCUCGUGGGAAAGGAACACAUGACAAAGCCCUAGAAAUGUCUGUGUGUGAGGCUUGAAUCAGUUAAUUCAAAACCCGUUUUGUAAGCCUGCUGGAAUUCAAUCCACAACCGUCCACUCACGAGACCACUGCUUUAAUUCUAAGCCAACUUAACCAUGGAGUAAUGUAACUUUGCUACUUUUUCAUGUUUCGUUCAAGGAAUCAAUUAUCUACAUAAUGAGGCUCCAGUUAAAGUGAUUCAUAGGGACUUGAAGUCUAAAAAUGGUAAGCUUUGCUUUCUUAUCAAGGUUACCUUUUUGCAAGUAAUUAUUCACUUUUUUAAAAAAAAUUCCAUGAUGUGCUGCUUCUAUAAUUUUUAAGAGAUAAGACAUGUAACUUUUUUAUCUGUUUGUUUUCAGUCGUGAUUUGCUCUAACUUAUGUGUCAAGGUAAGUGGCAAAUAAUUCUGAAAUAAUUUUUGAUUUUUUUUAAAAAAUAUUACUAAUUACUGUAAUGUUAGGCUUUGUAUGUUCCAUAUACAGUGUAGACUUCUAGUGAAAGUUCUGUAGCGAGGAUCUAUUUUUUCAACUUAGAUUUAGUGGUGUUGCUUCUGUCAGUUAAAAGUAAUUUAUUAAUAAUUGUAUUAGCAGACAAAAAGAAAUAUAUAUAUUUAGAGAUACAACAUGUACUUUAAAGUGUGGAUUUCAACCAGCUGUAAUCAUGAAAUGAAUGCAGGCUUUGAAAGCAUGCUUGUCUUGAUGAUAAAUGUACAGUACCACUCAAAAAAAAGUUGAAAGUCUUGAGACUUGAAACUCGAUUCACUCAACUCAAAGCUCGAAUGAUUAGAGUUUCAUGACACGAGAAUCAAGUCUCGAGACACGAGAAUCAAGUCUUUUGAGUUUCAAUAAACUAAGUCUUGCAUUUUUGAAUCUUCAUCACUCAAAAGGGUUUCAAGAAAACAACUGUUUUCUCAAGAAAAAUAACAAUAGCCAUUUGCACAUAAUUAUGGCAAGAAUCAACUAGACUCUUUCAAGAAUUCAGGGCUGAAAAUAACGGCCGGUCAACGGACAAUGUCCAGCCUGAUCGCUGACUUGACCGGUCAAACUCUCAUCUUGCUGGUCAUUUUGACCGACCAUUUUUGGGUACGAACAUAUUUUUUUUUGCUGCUUUGCACAAAAAACUUCUAAGAAAAAGAACGCGGCAAUACAUUAAUUUCAUGUCGUAAUGGAACGCAACAAAGCGAAACAUUAACAAACUGAGUUGUGGAGUAACGCAACGUUGCUGGUCAUACUGUACUUUCCGCUUUGCUGUAAUUAGUAAUGUGACCUGCUUUGGGAAUUCGGGUAAAUCGAUUGCAAUUCUCAACAGACGUGAAAUCUAGAUUGUUGUCGUUAUCAUUCAGGGUCGUCCAAUAUUCCAUAAUCUCAGCUAAAAACGGAUCUCGUAGAUUGAGUAAAGGAACGUCUUUAGGGCUUAAGUUUCCCCAGAAAACUAAUUUCCCUCCGAAUUGUGCUAGGCGAUGAUUGAAAAAAAGCUUCCAUUUCCCUGUAUCUUGAUCAUCUAAAUAGCUUUUUACCCAUUUCAUUUUUAAGGCCUGAUUAAAACUAGCAAUAUCGAUCAUCUUUAGCCCUCCCUUACUGUAAUCAUUGAUCAUUUCUGUUCUUUUUAUUUUGUCCCCUUUAUUGUCCCAAAGAAAAUUGUAUAAUAGAGCAUGAAUUUCCUUUAUGACCCCUUUCGGUGUCGGAAGGGAGGACAAAACGUAAACAAUCUGAGAUAGUGCUAGAGCUUUUAGAAUGGCAGUUUUACCCAUAAUUAGUGUGAGUCUUCUGGCCAACCAGCUCCCGAGGAUUUUUUUAAUCUUUUCGAUUUUCUCUGUGAAAUAAUAAUUUCUUUAUGUCGAACAUGAAUCUCGUUUUCGGACUCGAUUCCAGAAUACAGUGUAGUCUGACAGAAAUUUAAGCUAGUCGAGAAGGAACGUCGUCUAUCUCGCAUUUAAAAACAACUUUAUGCAAAUUUCUGUUGACAUUUGAGCCCUUCGCAAUAAAGUGUUGCGCGAUGACCCAAAUGAAAGCUCAGCUAUAUAUUAAUUGACUUCUGAUAAUAAACACACUGUUUGUGGAACAGACUUCUCGCGAAUGCAAAUAAACUUCUUCGCCAAAAAUAUUAGCGACGAUUCUUCUUUGUGGAGGAGAUUUUCGAUCACUUGCCAGGCAAGGAAAAAGAUCAAGUUUCACCGAUGUUCAUUUCAGAACAUCAACGUAAAACAAAUUUUUGCAGAAACCCAAGUUAUUUUUUUUCGUAAUUUUUAAAGUUUGUUGAACUGUAUGUGUAUUCCAUUUCCUGAACCUUGAGAGUUUGAAAAGGAUUUACGCUUCACUUUUUACCUUUAGAGACGUCAGAAACUGCCAUACCAUGAUAUUCAAGGUAGAACAGGCAUUAAAACUGCGGAAAGGAACUCUACAAUGUGUGAAUACAUUUUUCACCAAAUUGCUGUCAAAAAUGUGAACGGACAAUGUAGUAAAAGCGAUCUAUUGCCAGCAUAAUUCAAUAUUCCUUAGGCAAAAAAAAUUAUAGUAUUCAUUAUUUGACCGGCCAGAAUCAGGGUUUGUCCGGGCUGAAAAAUAUUUGGCCGGUCAUCAUGACCAGCAACCUGCUAUCCGUUAUUUUCAGCCUUGGAAUUGAGCUUCGAGUCUCGAAGAUCGAGAUGCUAGUCAGUGAGUGACUGUCAACUUACUUUUGAGUGAUACUGCUCACUGUAUUAUUUUAGUACUGGCAGAGCUUCUUAAACCAUAUGUAAUAAUGUGAAUUCCUGCAAUGUUAACUAUUGUUCAUUUUGACAAAAGGUGCCUUUGAAUCUUAAAGGUUGUUGCUUAAAUUUCCAAAUUUAUAUAUUUUGACUGACUUUGUUUUUUAUUUACUGUAUGUUGUAGAUUUGUGAUUUUGGUACCUCAAAAUUCCUUGCCAACACCACAAAAAUGUCACUUGUUGGAACUUAUCCGUGGAUGGCACCUGAGGUGAUAAGCAUUUCAAUUCUCUUUACUUUUAACACUGAGCAUCUUACACGAAGUAUUUGUUGAAUGAUUUACAAUCCCAGCAGAGGUGGGGAACCCCCAUAUGAAAGAGAUGGUGAUGUUCAUCAGAAAGUUAAAAUUAAACCUCUAAAUCAUGGCUUGGGCUUUGUUUGACCCAUAAAGGAAACUUACACUCCAGCACAGUAAUAAGACUUUUGUAAAAGAUAUUUCUUUACGCACAACCCUAAUUGAUAUUUUUAUAGGACAGGGAUAGUUGCCUGCAGUCCCAAAAAUCUUAACUAAGACCAAAAGCAGCAAUUUCUACCCCUAAGGGAGGCAAAAAGUAUACCAUCAUUUUCAAAUGGCAGUCCCUCCCCCUCCCAGGGGUUUAAUGCAGGGAUGCAUGUAUCUACAAAUGCAUAAUCACAAUCAUGUCACACUAACCUAAAAUAUUCAUUAUUUUUGUUUGAAAUCAGGUCAUCCAAAGCAUGCCUGUGUCUGAAGCUUGUGACACAUUCUCUUAUGCUGUGGUGAGUUUUGGAAAAAAAAUUUGUUUGAAAUUGAGAUAAGCAUAAAUUUUUGGUGAAAGUCAAAAGGAGUACGUAAGAGGUUACUUAAUUACUUACUUCGACCAGGAAUCAGAUAGACAAAGAACCACUUUGCGGAUGUGCUACCUCCAAAUCAUUAUUUAUUUAUUUACAAAUUAUUAUGGUACAAAAUGGUUUUAACAAAAAGUUAAUGACCACUCUGCAAAAAGUUGCGUUAGAAUUUUAAUGCUUACUGAGAGGUAAAUGAACCUCCCCAAUCUCUAGAACACUACUGUUUUAAUGAAUUGUUGUUUUGAUUUCAAGAUAAAUUUUGUUAAUGACACAAGAGCCACUGGGGGACUUUACGUACAUGUAUCUUUCUGAUUACUACAUGCUAACAUGAAUCAUUUAUAUGUAUGUAUGUUAUUUUUGCAGCUCUUGUGGGAGAUGUUAACUCAAGAGGUACCAUUUAAGGGACUGAUGGGAGUUCAAAUAGCAUGGCUGGUGGUAGUGGAUGGAGAGGUACUGUAGCCUUAUAAUAUGCUGUCUGAAUGUGAUAUGUUACUAUCCUGUGUCUGUACAAAUUAUAAAACCUCUCAAUUUAUUCUUAAGUCAUUCAUUUUUUUACUAAAACAAACAUGAUUAUUGGGGAAUGGGACAUGCAUGAAGAAUGCAAUAGUCCCCUCCUAAUUGUUGUGAAGGGCACCAGGAAGUGAUAAUUUUGUAAUGAAGACCAUGUAGUGUACUAUAAUGGUUUCAGCAGGUAGAGAAGUAAUCGCAUUUUUUUUACUUUUAAAAAAAUGAUUAAGGUUAUAUUUGUUGAACCAUUAAGUCACCAGUCACGUCAGGCAUCCAUAAUCACAGUUCUCUGGUCAUCCCAGGUGACUAUACAAUCUUGCAUGGACAAUGAAGAUAACUCCAUGAGUGAGGUUUUUCUCAACCAUGAAAUCUUUUCAAAAAUUCUGAGAUGAUUUUAUCAUGUACAUUUUAUCUGUGUUCUGAUUACUACUCGUCCAUUAAAAACCUGAGAAUAACUUGCAACUUUUGUCUGGAUGCAAUAAAAUUGUAACUUUGGGCGCCAUCGUUGAUGGGGCAGUAUUUUCUACAAAACGAUAAACAAAUUAAUACUUGAAAAUGUAAAUAAACUGUGUUUAGCCUCAGGCCUGUAGCCUGUCGACUUUACAGUUUAGUUAAAACCCUUUCUUAGUAUUCUACAAUGGAAAUAAAAAGCAAAUCAGAAAUGGCCAAGUUGCAUACAAUUUUAUCACUAUUCCUUCUAUAAUAAUUAUUCUGCACUUGUCUGGGCAACAAACUGAAACCGCGUAAGUAUGCCAUCAGGCUCACUUGCCUGGCUGAUGACUUUGAUAAAACAUGGGGCUGUUAAACGUGCAUGAGCUAUUUUCAAUGCUACAGUGUAACCGUACCAAAAAGACUCUUUUCAUCCUAAAAUAAGACAUUUUUGUGUGUGCAUAAUUGGGUAUUGCUCUACACUAAUGAAAACGCGAAAGGCUGCGCACUGCCAAGUCGAUCUUCAUGCUAUAGAUUCGCUUUUCUUUGUCUUUCCUUUAAAAGGCAUCUGGUGCAAAUUAAACAAAAUAAUUGUUAAAGUACAGUCAAUAUCAACUCAUCAAACGUCACUUUGAGGGAAGACUCGAAGGUUUCUUUAGGGUGUCUCGAGAUAAUGUGGUUCAUCAAAUACCGAAUAACUAAGAAUUAUUCACUUGCAACAAAAAAUAUCAAACUGCCGAAAAAUGUUACUACUCAUCUCACGUCAUUCCACUCAAUAAAACAAUUUCUAAUUAUUUUGUCAACUAGCUUCUUCCAAUUUUAUUCCCUAAUGCUAUUGUCUCUUCUAGUACGCAUCUUUACUAAAGCCAUUGGGUAAAUAAAAUAGUUUUAAUUAAUAUUAUAACUCUUAAGCAGCAAACGUGUAUGAGGUUGUUCACUUAAUUCAUUAUUGCCGGAACGUAAAAGGUCUGUUGAACUUUGUUCGCGAGAGAAUAAAGCUUGUUUACAGGAUGGAACUUACUCGGUACAACUUUUAAAAAAAAUAGCUGUCUUUCAAUCGUCUAAAACCACAAUUACGCCACAUACUUCCGCGUUAAAGUCUAUAUCUAAAUAUCAGUUAUUAACGCCCGUUUUGUUUGAAGACCUUUAAAAAGUAUAUGAUUUUUUAUACUCUGCCUUAAAAGCAGGUGAAACAGAAUUCGUAAAUUAUGAAAUACGUGCGUUGUACCGCUCACGACAGCUGCGAUAACCAAAUUAAGUCAUAAAUGCCUUGAAGCAGCUCCCCUACUAAAAUUUGAACCCUUACACAGCUGCAACUCUGUACUCAAUGUUUGAAUCAUAAAGAUAUUGAAAUGUGAUGGUUCUAAACACCUUUAGCCAUAAUAAAAGACCCAAAAAAUUGUGAAGAACGAAGAUGGCGGUCUCAAAGUGCCCUUGUUUGACCUUUAGCAAUGUCAUAUUUAGAUGCCAAAAUCUCAUUGGUUCCUAACAUCAACUCAUAGUACCUCCAACCUUAUUGGCCCCUGCAACACACAAACAAACACACAAAGCCUCGAGAUACAUACCCUUAGACCACUGACACAUGAGCUAUUUUUUUCAGAAUAGUUCAAAAAUAAAUACGGAUCCCUGGUCAAGUUUUGUUGUUCUGAUGAGACAACAGUUAAAAUACAGUCAAACAUCGAUGCAUGACCCUUCAGCUCUUUUGAGAGAACAGAAAACCAAAAAUCAUUUUUCCCAUUAAAAGCAUUGCCCUUCAAGCUUCUUUGUUACAAGUGACCACCAAAUUUUCAUUUAGCAUUUUGGCUGGGGGUCUAUGGAGGGUAUAAAUUACCAAAAACGAAUGUGUGAUGGUUGUUUUAAAAUCUUCCAGCGAUUGACCAUACCAAGUAGCUGUCCUGAAAAGUUUGCAAAUCUCAUGAAGAAAUGUUGGAUAGCUGACCCAAAGGUACUAUUAACUUAAUCAGCUGUUUAUGAUCAAUAUUUUUGUUUCUUAUCAGUUAUAAAUAAUAGUAAUAAUAAUUUUAUUUAUAUAGCGCUAAAAUCCAAUAAUUGUCCAAAGCGCUACCUAAUUACAAAAUAAAAUAUAAAAAAUCUGAAAUAUAAAAUAUCUACAAUAUACAAUAUAAUUCAAAUAUAGCCUAAGUUAUCUACUAUAUAAAUCAAAAACAUCUCAAAACAAAAGGAAUCUCAUAACCUAUAUGCUAACUUAAAUAAAAAAGUUUUAAGGGAUUGCUUAAAAGUCGCCACUGAAGCACAUUUCCUAAUCUCUAGAGGUAAAUCGUUCCACAAUUUAGGUCCUGCAAUAGAGAAAGCUCUGUCUCCAUAUGUUUUCAAUCUGCUUCUUGGAACCACUAAGUAUUCUUUACAUGAAGAACGCAAUGACCUAGAGUAUGUUUUAAAAUUCAAAAGGUCAGAAAUAUAAGAAGGUGCAAGGCCAUGAAGGGCCUUGUAUACCAAUAAAAGGACUUUAAAAGUUAUUCUAAACUCAACUGGUAACCAAUGAAGAUUAAUUAAAAUAGGAGUUAUAUGAACAUGCCUCGGUGUCAAUGUGACAACACGAGCUGCAGCAUUCUGAACUGCCUGUAGUCUAGCUAACAGAUACUUAGGAAGGCCAUGUAAUAAGGAAUUACAGUGAUCAAGUUUCGAACUAAUAAAUGCAUGGACUAAGUUAUGUUACCUUUGGUUUUGUAAAAUUAAUGUUUGCAUGCUCGCAGCUAAAAAAAUUCUCUUUUUCCAUUGACAGAAACGGCCUAAUUUUGGUGAAAUACUGAUGGAACUGAAAUUAAUGGAUGGUGAUGGUAAGUAUUAAUUAACAAUUAAUGAAUGAGGCUGAGUAUCUUAUGAAGAAUUAUGGAGAUCGAGGUGGGUGUUAUCCGUCGAGGGCGUAGGCCAAGGCGGAUAACACCCUCCGAGAUCUCCAUAAUUCUUCAUAUGAUACGAAAGCUGAAUUCAAUAAUUGUUUUAUUAUUCAUUCGAAAAAUUAUUCUUAGUUUAAAAACAUUGGUAAAACAUGCUUACCUCCAUCGAUGUUAAGUUCAUCUUUGAUAGUGCACGUUUAGGUUUAGUUCAGCUCUGCAAUAAUUAUUCUCUAAACAGCAGAUGUCGCCCGUCAAGUUGCCUUCUUGCUGUUCUUGCCAUGUUUUUAGCUAUUUUUUCGCCUAGUUCUUACUCUUGAGACGAGUGAAAUGUCCGCCAUUUUUCAAGUUCACAACCAAAACAACUCAACCUCGUACCCGGGUCUUCUCGGUUAACGGUGCAUGCUCCUGCAAGAAUGCUGCAUUUUUGACGUAAUUUCCUCGCUAAACACAAAAUUCCUCCAAAUUUGGUCAUCAGUAACUGGUUUUGGUGAAUUAAACGUGUGCUUUUAGCCAAUCAAAAUGGGGGAAAUAUUUUGAAUGAAUAAUAAAAGAUUAUUAUUCAAUAAUAAUAUUAAAUAUUUUUUUUAUUUGUCUGUUUGGCUUACUGCAUUCAGAGGCACUAGAGUUUUGAGGACCUAAGUUUAAUGCAGCUGUGCAUGUAACAAGAGAAUAGUUUUAACACUAUAAAAACUGGAACUAUAAAUUAAAAGCUGUUACUAUUACUAUUACUAUUAUUAUUAUUAUUAUUAUUAUUAUUAUUAUUAUUAUUAUUAUUAUUGUUGUCUCUGUUAUCACAGUCUUUGCUGGUGUUCUUUUUGUGCAUCAGCCGGGCGCAAACCAUGCACCUAGAGCGUCAGUCACUCAAGUCAAUCAUUCUGUUCAUACACUGAGCACCUUUCUAAGGAUUCGUGCAGAUCCCAGCAUGCAGAUCUUUUGAAUCUCUGUCAUAGUAGCUCUCUCUGAUACUUUCUUGAUGUUUUCUACCAUACCCUUCUUCACUGUACCCAGCGCACCAACAACCACAGGGAUCACUACAGUUUUCAUAUGCCACAUUCUCUGUAUUUCUAGUUCUAGGUCUUUGUACUUGCAUUUUUUUUCAGUUUCCUUCAGUGCGAUGUUUCUAUCUGAUGGAACAGUCAUAUCAAUAAGUUUGCAGGUGGAAUUCACUGAGCCUUUAACGAUGAUAUCUGGUCUGUUCGCUGUUAUAGUUCUAUCAGUGUUGACUGGCAUGUCCCACAUGAUGGUGAUGUUGUUACCUUUAUUGUGUAUUACGGUCUCUGGUUCGUGUUCGUACCAUUUGUCUGUAAUCUCUAUAUCAUGAUCUUUACAUAUGCUCCAAUGGAGAUAUGCUGCAGCAUUAUUGUGCCUGGAGAUGUACUCUGUUUUGGCUAAUACCUCACAUCUAGAUACAAUAAUGGUCCACUGUCUCUUCAUGUUGCGAACACAAUCUGCACUUGCUGGCCACAUAUUACUUUCUGGUAGUUUCUGGUGUUUAUUGCCUGGUCUUGAGCUGCUACAAGUAAUCCCUCUGUUUCUCCUUUCAAAUUACUUGACAACCAUUUGUUGGUGGUGACUGAGUCUACAUGAGGCUUCUCUAGGAUCUUUGGAUACUGGCCAUGCAAUGCUUUGUUUUUCCACUUUUCUUCUUUCAUUGACUUCAUCCUGGACUUAAACACGUGUUUCAGGGCUUUAGCAUUUUCAGAGGCAGAUUUAUCUUCUCUGUUCUCAUUCUCUGGCAUUGUUACUUCCCUUUUGAAUUUAGUAGCAUUCUUGGAUAUUGAAUUUUUGGCUUUAGAUCUUUCAUGUUCAAACACCUGCUUUGGAUAUUGCCCUUCCUUGUGCUUCAGAUAGUGAUCAAGCCCUAUUGUUGCAGUUUUGAAUGCUGUUUCUACAUCAACCAGGCCCCCACCUCCAUCUUUUCUUGGGAUGUACAGCCUUUCCACAUCUGCUUUACGAUGUUUGUUAUUAUUAUUAUUAUUAUUAUUAUUAUUAUUAUUAUUAUAAAAUCUUUAUUACAAAACCUCAAUUAAAAUCCUAUUUACAGUCAACCUGCUGUUACAAAAAAUCUAAUUAAUUCAUCAAAACACUAUCUACAAUUCCAUCCAUUACAAAAGAAACCCCUCGGCCUUCAUUAGAGAACAAAAACAAUCCUAUAUAUAAGGGGCGAAGAAAGAAACUAUUCAUUUACAAAUUCUAAAAAAUAGAAGUAACUUAACAUAUUAUUAUUAUUAUUAUUAUUAUUAUUAUCAUUAUUAUUAUUAUUAUCAUUAUUAUUGAUUCAUUGGUAUUAUUAUUAAGCCAUGCAUCAGCAUUAGAUACAAAACAUGAUGAUAUUGCACUUUUUUUCAGCAUCCUUACAGCAGGAGACUGAUUCUUUCAUAGAGCAGAAAAAAGAAUGGAGGUACAAAAAUUAUUAGCAUUCUAACUAUGACUACAAAAUUGAUAACCAAAAAUCAUCCCAUUUUGCCCUCUUCAGCGUUUGUACAUGUACAUGUAGCCCGAAGAGUUUGUGUUACCAAGCAAAUAAUCUGUAAAAAAGAUUGUUCAAAAAAUUGAACUUGUAAAAAAGGUGAAAACCCCCGUUGUUGAAAGGCAAAAGGUCGCUUACAUAAUAGGCAUCUAUAAAUUUGGCCACUGCCAAGAAACAAAUGCAGCUAGUGAUCAAAGUGGAAGCACCAGCUCCAGACCUUAGGAUUGUAACUCUGGCACGUUGAACACUAAGUCUCACCUUUUGCACAUGACAUGCUAGAAUUUAAUACGUUGAUGUUUUGUUGGUCUUCUUUGACUGCUUGAUUUUUUUAGUACAGUAUUGGACUAGAUAUCAUGUACAGUGUAUCAUAUAAAUUGUAGCAAGAAGAUAAAAUAAUCUGUGUAAAAUCUUUUAUCUUUUAGCAAUGAAAUUGAAACUACAUUAAACAAACUGAAAAAGUUAGAAAAGGAUCUGACGGUUAAAGAGCGAGAAUUGCGUGAGGCGAGUUACAUACUUCCUACCUACCCAUCUACCCCUCCCCUGAGUAGCAAUGAUAUUAGUGUUUUUGUUGGGUUGGGGGAGGGGUCGGUAGUUUCUACAAUUUUGCUUACAGUUCCUGCAUGUAAGAGGUGCUCCAUGUAUCUUGCUUUUUUGCUUGUUAUUAACAUAAUUAGCAAUUACUGGGUAUGGUUUAGUAUGAUCUGAAGAAUUAUGGAGAUCGAGGAGGAUGUUUCGACCAAGGCGGAUAACACCCUCUGAGAUCUGCAUAAUAUUUUUAAUUGUUUUGUUAUUCAGCCAAAAUAAUUACUAGUUUAGAAAACAAGCUAAAACAUGCUUACCUCGAUCGAUGUUAAGUUUUCGUCUUCAUUUUCCUUUUUCUCAGAACCUUCAGGAUAUAAAGGGAUGUUUAGUGUAGUGGAUAUUCUCCAAAUAGCAGAUGUCAUUCGUCGAGUUGUAUUCUUGCUAUGUUUUUUAGGCAGUAGCUCGGCAAUUUCUUCUUCGCAAAACGUGAAAUGUUCCGCAAACGCAGCCUCUUCCCAGGCCAUCUCGGUUGCCGUCCAUUUUUCUAGCGAUUAUGCAGUACUAUUGACGACAUUUUCUGGAUAUCGCAAACGUCAUCCAAAUUUGGUCAACGCUAGCUGGGAUUUGAGCCAAUCAGAAACGGAGAGAUAUUUUUGAAUGAAUAAUAGUAGGCACCUACCUAAUAGUUGCAUCAGGGUGUUAUUUUGUGUUAUAACCCACUAUCUUUUUCACGGGUUAAUUAAACACAGUUGUUAACAUUGAUUAUGAUUUUUGCAGAGAGAACUACGUAUUCUUGAAAAAGAAAAGGAAAUAAUUGAAUUGCAGUCGGUUUCCAAGGUGUGUUAAACUAAUAAAAUUACAACAAUAAAUCAUAACCAGUUAUAUUUAUAGACAGGAGAAGUGAAAUUGUUGUAGGUAAUUCGUUCUCAGGCUAAACCAGAAUUUUCUUUGUCUCUUAUGAAUAAUUAGUGCUAAGAACCAAAGAAAAUUCUGAAACAAAUUAGUUUGAAUACUGGUUUAACUUGAGAACGGAUAUUACGUACAACAAAACUACUGGGUCAACGUUAGCCAAUUAAUUUACAGUUGUGAUAAACUCUUCAAUGACGCAUUACAUGUGUAAGAUUACAGGAACGUUCUUUUAUACUCAAGAAUCUGUUUAAUCCUUUCUUUCAGGUUCUGGACAAACACGAUGUCAAUGCUUGGACACCAGAUGAUGUGGUAAAAGUUGUAUUAUUAUGAUGAAGAUCAGAUUCUGCUCUCUGUAAUAACAAAUACAUGUAGUUGAUUCUCAUUUUUGACAUUUUAUUUUAUGUCAUUUUUUUUCAGGCACUGUGGCUUGAGCAAGUUGCUCAGAAUAGUAAGUCAGCCCUUUUCCUAUCGUUACUUUUGGAGACGGUUUCUACUUUUGGUGAAUCGCUAGUAUCUAAACGCUAUAAUGUCUACCGUAAGUGGACUGUUCGAAGGUAUUACAAUCCGAGAAAUGUAAAAAUGUACACACACUGUUACUACAUGUUUAUGUCCACUCAAGCAAGAAUUUACACGUUUCACCCGUUUAACGCAUAAGAGACAAGUAACAAGAAUUUUUCUUGUCCAGGCUCGAUCUUGCUAGCAAAUUGUUUUUCGCAAUUUUAGCCAAACAAAUUGAUUCACAAGAAAAUUUUGUGAGACACUCACCUAUUGCAAGAGUAACAAGAAUGUUACUUUUGCGAUUUUUGCGAAAUUUGCAGACUUCUCGAGGCCCUUCUUAGCCUUUUCUCUUUCUAAAUCUAGAACUUUGUUGAAUUUGUUAUUCUUGCUACUCUUGCGGUAUUUGCAAGUGAGUGUCUCACAAAAAUUUCUUGUGAAUCAUUUUUUUUCUCAGCAUUUUCAACGGAAAGAAACUGUUUGAUAUGGCCUUGGCGGUUUCUUCUUCCUUAAAGUAAAUCAAAACCACUAAACAAAAACAAAAGGCUCGUUUUGAUUGUCUGUUUGUAUUUUUUUUUUUUCGAUAGGUGGAGAUAAAGACCUGGUCAUGUAUGUGCCUUUGUUUCUAGACAAUCACAUCACUGGUAGAAGGUAAGAGCAUUAACUAUAAGCCUCGCAAGAUAACUUUGUUACAGCUACAUUAGUUUGUAUUUGCAGCCUGCAAGUGUAAUGUUGUUGCAUGAUUAAUACAACAAAUGAUAUCUUAUUUAUACAGGCUUCUUCUACUCACAGACGACAAUCUUAAAGCCCUAGGAGUAGAAUCAUAUGGCUACAGGAUUGAAUUAAUGGUAAAUUAAACGUUUUGUCAUAACGUUACAUUCAGUGGCCUGUGGCUACCUCGCUAACAGCUUGAGAAGUAAAGAACACGUAUUACAGGUUUAUCAGUGGUUUAUAAAAAUGAUGGAACAAUAUUGUUCGUUUCUUUAAGGAAGCAAAAUAUAUGAUGCCGUGUAUUUGAACUGUCUUCAGUGUAUUGACAGCUGUGGUGCUUUUUAUAUAUUUAUUUUAUUUUAUUUAUAUAUUUAUUUAUUUAUUUAUUUACACCGCAACAACUGGUUUAGCAUGAAGCUAAUUUAAGCAGAGUCCUGUAAAAAAAUAUAAAAAUUAAGAGAAACAUUAUACAAAGAGUAGCACACUAAAAGUACGUAAGACAUGCGACAUUAAAAAGAUCCAAGAGAUGGCCUUGCGCUUGUAAUGCCGUUUCGUCAAUGACUUGAACGUAUUUAAGUCCCUUGCAGAUCUGAUAUAGGCACAUGCACCAUUGAUCCUAAAACUGCCGUGGUACUUAGUCGUUUUAGCCAAAGGCAGCAGGAACUGAUCACGUUGUCUGGUGAAGUGAGAGUGAAUUUUGUGAGCGUGCCUUAAUUCAUUCACAAAAAUUCUACAUGAAGGAAUCAAAUAUAUGAAUCACCACCAGAUAUCACUUGAAUUCAACUGAGAAGGACCUACCAAAAGAAAGCAAUCUAGAACAUUCAGUUCAAUUUUCCGCUUAAACUGAAGAAAUAUUACGAAGACUUGAUACAGUGUUUGGAAUUAUAAACUGAAAAUGUAAAUGCUUUCUUUAGUAAAAAACUUUGUACUUUUUUCUGUGCCGUUCUCUUAUAGGAGCAGAUUGUACAUUUGAAGAGUGAAAGCGAGUCCAUGAUGCAUUUUCCUCCACUUGGGGCUAUGGUAUGAUGUACUUUAUUGCUAUGCCUGGCGUCUCCAAAACAAGGAAUGAAGUAACAGCCUGACUAACAUUGUUUAUCCAAAAACGUGAAGUUUGUUCUUAAUAGUUUUACCCACAACCCUUUAAUCAGUGCAAGAAAAUGCUAUAAGUGUCAAUGUCAGAAUAAGCGUGAAGUGCUAAUUGAGGAAACUGUUCUUUUUGCGCCCAUUGUCGGGUACAGAAUUGGAACUGUCCUUUCUACCCAAGGACUGAACCCUUCCCCUCUCUUUAGACAAGAAAUUGCAUUAAACAGUUUAAUUAUUAAAGUGAAGUAAAUACAAACUUAGGAGUAAUCUAGAUCGUAUUGUUAAUUUAUAUAACUGUAAUAGGAUGUGGUUUAUAGAUUGAUAAGGUGGUUUGUAAAUGCUAACGCUUAAAACCCCAUGAUAACUGUCUUUAACUAUUUCAAAAUGAGUUUUCUUUAAUUCAAUUUCAAUCCGAGCACAGUUCCUCCAUCCAUCCCACCUAUACAUACGCACUCCGCAGUUGUUGAUAGACAGAGAGUGGCCUGAUAGAAUGUCAGUUCUAUAAAAAACUUGAUCUUUUAUUUUACAGAAUGGUUUGUCAUCAACAAACUGCAGUCCCGGCAAUCAACAGCAACAGUCCAAUCUCGUUCUUUUGAUUGGAAAUCACUGCAGAAUGGGGCAAUCUUCUCAGGUAGGCAGUGACUAGCUCUUUUUGCUGCCAGCACUUGGGUAACAGAUUAAGGGCAUUAGGGAGCUUGACGACGGCGACGGGAACGAGAAUUGUAAAAAGGCAAUAGGUUUAGAUUGGCAAAACAACAACUUUGCACGUGCAGCAUGCUUUUUGUACAUUUCUUUGCCGUCCAGUCGUUGCACGACUACAACAUGAAUCUUGCCAACUUCACCUUUUAUCAGUUAAGACAAGACAACCACUUCCUUUUUCUUUUUCUGAACUAAUAUACCGACCUUUAGAUUCAGUCUACUCCAGAAAAAAUCGGCGACAUUUGACAAAGUGAAUUAGAUGGAUUAAGAACGAUGAAUUUUGAAGCAGCGCAAAUUCACUUUUUAAGUGACGUUUUCGCCGCCGUUGCUGUCGUGGUUCUGUUAAUGCAGUUGAUGUUUACUGUCCAUAUUUUUUUUCUCAGAGAGCUCGCUUGAAACGCUACUGCUAAAAAUACAAAAACCAAGCAAUAUAAUCAUCUUGCCUUUAUUAUUUUGCUUCACCAGGAACACAAAUGGAAGAUGUUCAUUGAGGUUGAUGGUGAAGAAAGUGUCUUGCUUCUAGUAAAGGUGCGUUCUUACACACACCGUUAGAAAAGUAAUCCAACCAACGCGGUAUUUCUCUCGCGGUACAUGACGUGUUAUGUACCGGGAUUAAAGCGGCCACAUUCAAGCCUGUUUUUCCCGCGUUACUCGGUUCGAGCAAUGCGUGUAUUACGCGAAAAACGUCAGAGGCGCUCUUCUGAUUGGUUGUUUAUAUCGUGGUACUCAGAAACCCAAGAUAAAGAUCUCGGUGGCUGCCAAGGUCUCUUUCCCCACCCCCCGAGGGGGGCGAGGGUGGAUAGUCCCUAUAAUGGCCUAUACGGGGAGGCUUCGCCCGAAAGGGGUAGCUUUUUCAGUCCUCAGGUACAUGGGGGUGGGGAUUUCAUUAGUUCGGUCUGCGAAAGGCCUAAAUGGCUAACCCACGCUUUUAAUGGCUGUGAAAAAGACAAACUAACCUAGUUUAGUGAUUGAUUCAUAUUUACAAAAAAAAGGUGCAUUUACAGCAGCUUAAAGGGAUACAGAGUUGUCAAUUAGGUAUGUAAAAGAGCUACCAUUUGUCAAAGGUAACGAAGUGGGCACCUUGUGUGUCAAAAACGGUAGGGGUACGGGGUUCGACAUCGAGGCGGAGCAUAUAAAACCAUAAGUUCCCGCCUCCAGGGUCGGACUUCGGGGCGGAGCCUCCUCGUAAAAAAACUUUGCUGAGUUCCCCCUAUCCCCGGUCUCUCUUUUCGAACAUCUCACGUUUUCAUGGUUACCAAAGUGGUCACAGCGUUAGUUCUAUUCCGCCUCAGACUGAAAGGCCUUAUAUCAUGAGAAAUAACGUUCAGUGUAGGCGCAACUAUUCUCGGUUUUCACUGUCACGCAAUCAAAAAUAAAAUUGCAAACCAUUCGAUACAGAAAGUCCCGAAUCUUGGAAAUAAAAGAAGAUAAAUAAGCAAAAGACCUUGCCAAGAAUCAGGUCUGUGCGAUAUUUCAUAUGCGAGAUAUUAGGAAAAACGUUUUACCCAAAUUUAUAAAGCUUUGUAUGGAGGCGCCAUGUUUGUGUCCCUUUGAGGGGCACAAAUAUGGCCGCCGGAAACCAACAGAAACAUCUGUUUUUGAGUUUUCCUACUAAUGCGUUAAUUCAUCGCUUAAAAAACUCAUAAACUAUUAAAGUGAUAUUUAUUCUGACAGAAGGAAUGUUUAGAUAGCAAAAUCUCCCAAAACUGGUAAUGUUUUUAACCCACAGAAGAGCAGUCCCGGCCGCCAGCUAAAUGCCGCGUCACGCAAAAGCCUAGAAAUUCAAACGUCCUCUAUCGCAAAACGAAGAACCCUUUCGAACCAAACCUCUGUUUAAAUAAAGGUGUUUAGGUGCUGUAAUACCUCAUGAAACUCAGAAUCUCAGAAGAAUCGAUAGUUUCUUAGUUUGAAUUUUGAUGACGUCAUGUGAAAACCGAGAAUUGUUUUGUUUAAUAAACAGUUUGACGCUUUUUUUUUUUCAUUCCAGAGCGUUGCAUUUCUGAACAAGUCUUCCAGUGAGCUUCAAACUCUGAGCAAGGUAUGAGUUCCUUUCAUUUUAUGAUUUCAUUAUUCAAGAAAGCCGCGUAUUUAUUUUAUUGGUAACAUUUUCGCUCCCGUCGUUGCUAAGGCUCCCUUAAUUGUUUUCGAGAACUUCAGUUUCGUGUCGCGUUGAAAGUGUUUUCAAAAGACUCCACUUUCUCAGAUCAGUUAUUGCUGCGUACCGGCUAGCCCAUUUCUUUGCUUUAAACUGGUGUGGCUGAUGUUGAUUUUGUUAGUGAUUUUGCUCGUGCAAGUGUAGACGCAAGGCCAAGACGCAUAGAAGUGUAUUAGGCCCCGUCGACAGGAAUCCAGGAAGGCUAAAACGACUUAAUUCCGACAUACAUCCUUAUUUGCCUUCCAGACCUUGUGGUUUAAAUUGUGAACGCGAAUUCGCAAAUUCGUCAGAUUCAAUAAAAUAUUUGGUGGUAUUAUACUUGACUAACCUAUUGCUCUGGUUUUAAAAGCCACCUUAUGUCAUGGACCGCUGGCAACCUUGUACUGCAGACACAGCUCCUAUCGUCGAAUGCACCGUUACUUACGAGGUACAUUGUAACGUAACAAAAAUAAUCCGAUUAAAAAGGGACUGGGAGGAUGCAUGGUAUUAUUUAGUGAUUGAGAUAUGAUUUAGCAGGGUGGAGGCGUUUAGUUUGAUUUGGUGUUAACAGUUAGUGAUUUCGAGUGUAUAUUAACUGAAGAAUAUUGCAUUGUUGAUCACCUCAGUAUUAAAAAGGUCUUAAGUUAUCUCCACUUUGAGUCUGUGAGUCCUAAAAUUGCUUUAAAUUGCGUGUCCUUCUCUUUUAAAAUUUUAACGAAGUGAAUGUACCGUUUCUUUGACAGAAUUCCGUUAAGAAGCCAAGAACGACAAAACAUCUUCACACAGUUGUACUUCGGGAAGGUGGAUCAACGGUUACUAAAACAGUGCAGUUAACACUGAAACAGUCUAGAGGGUCCAAUGCUAGGAUAAACAACCGCCUUGAGACAAUUCCCUCUAACUCACCCACCCCUCCCGGGUCACCUGUUGUUAAGGUAAGCCAAAGGGCUGGUCACUUUCCAGUGUCGUCCUUAGAAAAUCACCAGUGAGUUAACGCAACAGGACGACAGAAAGAAGAAGACGGCAAAGCACUUGUGUGACAAACGUGACAGGGCUAUUACUUGCGUGUUUUGUCGUGAUCAUCACAGAACAUUCAUGUUUUCUGGUCUUUAACAAAAACACGUGCUUAAAAGAAGGUGAAGUUUGACGGAAAGUUUUAAUUAUUGUCACGCUUUUCACAGUGUUUGCAGUUCUCUUUCCUCUCCAGUCUUCCUGUUGCCUGAGUUCACUACUUGCUAGGGACGGCGACAGCGAAGGCGGUGGCAUGCAACAAUGUGAUGAAGCGUCAUUUUGAACAGAAUCGUGAUUAUUCUCAUUCCCUUCAAUUCUAAGAUACCGUAAUCAGAUUCAGAAAGAGAGAGAACCAUUCGUUGUCAUGUGUUGAGUCGCAUAAGUAAAUUUUCGUCGUAAUAGAUAGGUGAACGCCUGCGAGCAGUCUCUCUGGGGAGAGGGGGGUGGGGGUGGGGAACUCAGAACUUCCCAGCUUGCUGGCUUAUUUUACCAAUUUCUCUUUAGACAUUCUCAAUUCUGUCGCCGUCGAGGUUUCUAAAUGUGAUGUUACAUGGGACGAAUCGCAAUAUGACGAUAUUCAGCGCAACACAGCGUUUCAACAUUGUUAUGGAUAGUUACAACGUUGUUUCAAUAUUGCAAUACUGAGUUGCAAAAAGAUUGUCGUUGCAAAUUGUCCCGUGUCUAUGAAAGGUGUCUAUUAAACCCUUUAGUGGAGUACUCUAACGACUAUUGUGUACAAUUGACCUAACCUGGUUGUAUUCGUUCUUGUUGUAUUACCAGACCUCAAGUUCAAGACGCUCGUCCCUCUCCAGUCUCCCACAGCCCCUAUUGAACGCGGUUCGUCCGAAGCAGGAAAGUUUGGAUCCAUUCCCAGUGACGUGGGCCCAGAAAGUAGCCUUAAAUUGUUCUCCGAGUCCUACCAAGAGGCCUUUAGAAAGUCGGCAAAGAGUGGUUUCUUCUUCUAGUGCCUCUAGUUUGCAAAGCCGGCCAAACAACAAUCCUUGGUGUGCGUCAACUGGCUUUCAGUCUGGGAGAGGUUUGUAUUUUAAACUAGUAAGCACGUCGACGUUACGAUCAAAUAAUUCUAUGGUCGUACGCAGUUCCUUUGACCGUAAUUUUCCAUUGAACAAUCUUGUUCGGUCCAGCUGACUGGAUGUUGACCUUUUUUUUUUUUUCGUUUUUAUUGACCCUCACGCUUGGUGAAUAUCGCGUUUAUUACCCUCACGCUUGGUGAGUAACGCGUAUUAUACCCUCAUGCUUGGUGAAUAUUGCGUAUAUUACCUUUGGCGCCACCCGUCUGAUUCGUCAGAUGACAACGAUUUCAAUUUUUCGUUAUAAUUUCCAGGCCCUUCUCCUAACUGGGAUGCAAGUUGGAUCUCGGACAGUAAUACUAAACCUCGCUCGACUUCUUCCCCACCUGCACUUCCACAAGGAACUGGGCAAGAGUCAAGAAUAAACCAGGAGCAUCGGCAAGCACGAGGGAGGGGAGGCAGAGGCAGAAAUUCCCGAGGGGGACGCGGUUGGGACCAGGGUUAUCAACGAAGUGUCAGCGAUUCGAAGUAUGCGGCAAGGAGCGCGCACUUUCAAGACACUAAAAGGACAAAUGAGUGUACGAUUGCUAGUGAAGGAGGUUUGCGGAACACUUCAAGAAAAAGCAGUGACUCUUCCAGCAAACGCUUUGAACGGAACGGUAAAACUCACACUCGGGAAAGUGGAGCUGUUAGUAGAGAGACAAAUAGUUCUGAUAGUUCGACGCGUAGCGAAAGAGGAGAAAGCAGCAUUGGAAGUGUAAAUAGUAACGACAGCGGUGCUUGGUGUACCGUUACGCACAGAAGAGGAAGUUCCCAAAGAACUGACAGCACAGAUCCUAGAACGUUUGAUAACUCGCUCGAUAGGCGGUCUUUCGACCCAAGGAAAGAUUCUUACAAUCGGGGCAGGGGAGAACGGGGUAGGGGCCACCGGGGUAGUGGUGGCAGGGGUGGGAGUGACCGGGGUAGAGGAAACUGGGGUAGGGGUGACCGAGGUAGGGGUGCAACACGGGGUAGGGGUGACUCGGGCAUGGGUGGCCGGGGUAGGGGAGGCCGGGGAAGAAGAGGUGUUGAUAGGGGGGGCAGGUGGUAG